AUGGCCCUGGACACCUACGACUGUUGCGUGUUCCCUCCCCUGGAUUGGGACUGGGACUGGGAGAUGCACGCUCUCGGAGGAGCUGGAGAGGCCGCCGCCCAAGAAGCCACCUUCACGGCGACGCCAGGUGUGGAGUCGCCGGUCUCGUCGGAGGCGUCCAGUGGGUACCUGCGAGACGCCGUCGCCCACUGGGGCGACCGUUGCAAUAAGCGGCAGCGGAUGGCGGCGACGCCUCCGCCUCGACGUCCGGCAACCGUGGGCGAGGACCUGCAGUGCCUUCUUGAGAGCUUUUGGGAUUCCAGCGCCGAGGGAGGAGAUCUCUCCCAUGAUUUGAAUACCACGACGAUCCCGGAGAUGGAGAUGAGCUGCAGUUUUGUCUCAGAAUCUUCAGCUGAAACAAACAGAUUCUUAGUUGCUUACUUCACACUGUUGAGGACUAUUUUAAUGCGUGGACGUGCAGAGGAGGACGGGGCAGGUGCAUCGGGCAGGGAGGAGCAGGGGCAGAGGGGCCCGAGCGCGCAGGUGGCAGCGGCGCAGGGUGAAGAAGAGGCAACCGCGGUAGCCCCCCCUCCUCGCUUCUCCGCCACCGUGCGAGCCGCUGCUCCCCUGCGGCUGCAAAAGGCAGCUGCGGGCGCUGCGGCCUCCACGACGACGCCCGGUUCUGCUUGUCCCUCGCUACUGGCAGGUGGGUGGCUGACCGGUGAGCAACCAUUUACUCGCGAGAAGAGUGGCGUCGGAGUGCUGUACCCCUUUGCAGUAGUCAAGCCACUGGGGUUGGAGGCCGGCAUGACGACGCUAAGCGACGUCAACAAGAGGAUUUUGAAUAGACCAGCCAGGCCAGUCCGGCACCCUGUUGGCGCGUUCGCGUGCGGCCCCGCCGUGUCGGCUCACGGCCUAGGCCUGUCCGGCAAGGCAGUCGUUAGCCUUACGAGGAUCAGAACCGGAGGAAAGGGCACCAUAACCAUCAUAAGAACAAGAGGCUGAUGGCAUGGGAUCAACCGUUCUCUAGCUUUUUAGGGAACUGAGCACAGACCUGAGGUCAGGAGGAUGGUCAUGGGAGGGUAGAAGCUACCCUUGUAAACAAGCUUAAUUACCUCUCGCUAUAUGUACAUAAGCAGCAGCCAGGUAAUUGA